AUGGCUGCAAGUGAUGAAAGAAUGACAAUUGUUUAUUACAAGUCUGGUGACAAGUGGAUAAUGAACGCAAGUGGAGAAUAUGAAUGGGAAGGAAAAGUUAAAGAUGCGAAGGGUGUGAUAUUCAUUUUUCCUCCGACAGAUUUGACAUACAAACAUCUGGUUGAGGAGUUAGAUUCUGAUAUGAAUGUGGACAAAGGAAAAGCAAAUAUUCAGCUAAGUUAUAAUAAGAAUAUGAUUCAGAGUCCCGAUUUCAAGAGUAAAUGUGCGAGUAAUACGAUACAAUUUAUAGAUGAUCUGGAUGAUGAACAUACUACUGUUCGAGAAGAUGAAAUGAAUGGAGAACAUGCAAUUGUUUUAAAAGAGGGACCUGCAACUGAUAUGACAUGUGAAACCCAUAAAGUUGGCUUUGGUGAUGGAGAUGGUGAUGGUGAUGGUGAUGGUGAUGCAGCUCAGGAAUAUGUACGGAAAGGCGCUGUUAAAGCUUGUUUCGGUUUUGCUACAGUGAAGUCUGACAAGAGGUUGUGGGAAUUAAGAUGCAAGUUUUAUAGACCGGGUUGUGCUUGGAAAUUACGCAUUGCAGCGAUUCAGAAUUCUGAACGUUUCAGUGUAAGAUCAUAUAAUCCCGUUCAUAGUUGCAGACCUGUAUCCGAAUCCAAAAAAGUUGUGCAAGGUUCAGCGAAGUUGGUUAGAGAUUACUUAAAGGAAGAGUAUGCUGGUAAGCUUGAAACUCCCACAGCAAAAGAGAUAGUAGAACGGAUGAAAGUCAAGUACGGUGCGAGUGUAUCGUAUAUGAUGGCAUUGAGAGGGAAAUAUAGUGCUGAAUAUGAGAUCUGUGGUAGUCAUGAUGAACAUUAUCGUAGGCUUCCUGGUUGGUUGCACAUGUUGACGAAAAGGAAUUCUGGGACUAUAGCGGGUCUUCAGUUUGAAGAUGAUAAAAAAACUUUCAAAUACCUCUUCAUCGCCUUGGGUGCAACUAUCAAAGGAUGGAAGUAUAUGCGUAAAGUGGUUGCUGUUGAUGCAACAUUUCUGAGGAGCCAAUAUAAGGGAGCAUUGAUUGUGGCAACCGCCCAAGAUGGUGAUCAUCACCAAUAUCCUUUAGCGUGGGGAGUGAUAGAUAGAGAGAAGGAUGCUUCAUGGUUGUGGUUUAUGACAAGAUUAAGCGAAGUAAUACCGGAUGGUCCUGAUGUAGUUGUGCUAUCUGAUCGACAUAAAAGCAUAAUCAAAGCUGCGAGAGAAGUAUACAAGCAAGCGCAACACGGCUUUUGUGUGAGGCACAUAGCGCAUAAUUUAAAAGUGCACGUUAAUAGAGGCAGUAGAAGAAAGAGUUCAAAUGGUGAGACCGUCUCUAAAUUGUUCUUUAAAUGUGCAACAGCCUACACGAUUGAUGAGUUUGAAUACCUAUACGAUGAUCUAAAAAGCAGAUAUCCCAAAGUGGCUGAGUACAUGCAAAAGGAAGAACUUGCACCUGAGAAUUGGGCAAGGUGUAAAUUUAAGAGUGAAAGGUACAACAUGUUAACAACCAAUGGGGCCGAAUCGAUCAACUCCGUACUAAAGAAGGCAAAAAAGUAUCCAUUGCUAAGUCUACUUGAUAUUUGUCUCGGAAAGACAGUUGAAUGGUUUAACAGGCAUAGGUUAGAAGCAGGUAGUUCUGAUGAAUCUCAAAAAUUAACACCAUUUGUUUACAAAGAGCUACAUGAACGUUACCAGAAGGCAUGUACAUUUGACGUUCAAGAACUGAACGGUGUUAGUGGCGAGUUUAAGGUGAGGGAUGACAAGGGUAGAAGACACUUGGUUAAUCUUGGAGAAAGAACAUGUGGUUGCAAAAUGUUUGAUGUGGAUAGGUAUCCUUGUAGUCAUGCAAUUGCAGCAGCACAUAUGAUCGGAAAAGGCGAUAUGAUAUACGAACUUUGUUCUGAAUACUACAGGCGAGAUACAUGGCGUAUGGCUUACCAAUAG